ACAUUGAAGUUGUAUAGAAGUGGGAAGCGCGAGUGAAAAUAAAAAGAGUGUGGUCAGGAAUCGUGCUGAAAAUAUCACCCAUCUCGCAAUGAAGGCACCAGUUUAGUCUUGAGUUUAGUGGAGAGUGUGAAGUGGCCGUGUCAAGUUACCCUUUCAUCAGAGAAUCCCACAAAUUCCAGUGCAUUGAAGUGGAUUUUUUGGGAAAAACAUUUUGUUUGGUGUGUUUUUUUCCUAAAUGGAGUGAGAAAGUGUUUCAGAGGCGGAGUGAGUCAUUAUUGUCAAGUAUGCAGCAUUUGCAUUGAAUUUUUCCACGGACGUCUGUAUUGGAAAAUUGCGUGACUCUCUGGUGAAGUAGCUUUUCCAAGUGUUUGGACUGUGAUUUUCCGCGAGUGUUUUGCAGUCUUGGCCAAGUUGUUCCAAUGCGACAGAAGCCAGUGAGAUUUGGUGUCUGGAAGUAGCUGGUGAGGUUGAAAUUGCCGGAAGGCUAGUGUCUGGCUACAAAUUGUCUGGAAAUAAAACUUCCUGGCGGGUUUAAGUAAACAGACAGCAGACAGUAUCGAUAAACAAUUGGGAGAGACAUCCUUCCGGAACUUGUCUCUUGUGUUUGAGCACUUGUCCUGGAAGACACAAUUCACAAUGUCUCCGGCAUUCCUUACGGCAAUCGCCGUUAUCCUCUGCAUCCUCUUUCGCCUCCUCAAUGUCAACAGCCAGCCUGUGAAGCCCCAAGUCUGGUGCGUAGAUGGAACAUUCAUGGAUACCAUCUACAAGAUUGCUCCUCUCCUUCGUGAUCCGUAUGUUCCAACGCGUCUCUGGGGCUUCAGUGGCCACGUCCAGACCAUCAUUCACAGUAUUGUGGGGCGUGUAAAGUGCCCAUGGCCAUUGGGAGAGAGAAUCUACCUUAAAUUGGCCGACAAUUCAACCCUCACGUAUGAUCUCUAUCAACCAUUGAUUGAGCAUGAGGAUGACAUAACUGUGGCCAUUUGUCCGGGAAUUGGAAAUACUUCCGAAAGUGUCUAUAUCCGGACUUUUGUCCACUAUGCCCAGUGUCAUGGGUACCGGUGUGCUGUGCUCAAUCACAUUGGUGCUCUUCAGAGUGUCCAGGUGACAUCAACGAGAAUCUUCACUUAUGGCCACACUGGAGACUUCACCGAAAUGAUCAAUAGUCUAACCAAAAGAUAUCCGUCCACAAAUAUCGUGGCUGUAGGCUUUAGUUUGGGUGGGAAUCUCGUGACCAAGUACAUGGGUGAAGCUGAUGUAUCACGGCCCAAGAAUAUCAUUGGUGGUGUCUCCAUUUGUCAAGGAUACAAUGCCGUUGAAGUUCUUUCGCAUGGCAGGGCGACAAAUUGGCUGCUCAAUUGGCAGAACUUCCGCCGCUUCUAUCUCUACGUCAUGACGGAGAAUGUGAAGCAGAUCAUCAUGAAGCACCGGCAGAUGCUACUGUCGGAUGAACUGAAGCAGCGAUGCAAGCUCAACGAACGCGACAUUGUGGCAGCAGCCACUCUCCCAGAAUUGGAUGAAGCCUACACAAGACGUGUCCAUAACUUUCAGUCCGUGACUGAGUUGUACAAAUGGAGUUCAUCCAUCAACUAUCUCCAGAACAUUGACACCCCAAUGGUCUUCUUUAAUGCCAAAGAUGAUCCCCUGGUGCCAGCGGAUCUGCUAAAGCCCAUCCGGGAAUUUGCAUCGAAAAAAUCUCACACAAUGUACGUGGAGUUGGCUCAUGGUGGCCAUUUGGGAUUCUACGAAGGAGGCCUAUUCUAUCCUAAUCCCGUCACAUGGCUCGAUCGUGCACUUGUGGCUGUGAUCGGGGGCCUCGUGUUGUCCCACAAUGAUUUUCACACCAAAAGCAAGGCAUCACUUGCAACAGCUUAAGUGAGCUUUUUUUUUAAUAUUAAUUUUUUUUUAUAAGUCAACAUAAAUUCCACGUUCCCAUCCAGACAAAUUUCCAGUGAAUUCUUUUCCUUUGUCUCUUUUUUUUAUUUUUAGUGUAAAUUAACUUAAGUACCUUUUUUACAAAUUUCUACACCAAUUUCUCCCCCUGAACAAACAAAAAAUCUGAGAUAUUUCUAAGGACAAACUUAUUUAAUCCAGAGUGUGAGUUUUUUGUUGUUUUAUACAUUUAAAGAAUCCCAAGUGAGAAGAUGAGGAAGAAACGAAAAAUCUCUCGAGUCUAGUGAAAAUAAACUGAUUUAAACAAAAAAAAUCAAAAGACAACACAUUUUAGUCUGUAAGAUAAAUUAUAAAUUAAAUUUGUGCUGCUGGUUAUGCAUUAAAAAAAAAAAAGAAGAAAAAGGUGGAACAAAUUAGUAUCGAAUGAGGAAAAUUGAGAGAUUGCUUUACAAAAAUUUUAAUCUCUUUAUUUUUCGCUUUGAGAGACAAGAAAAUAUUGCGCAAAGUGCAAAUUUAAUUUGCGCGUAAUGCUGUAUUUUAUACAAAUUCAUCGGAUUUAAUUGAUAGUUUUUGGGAGCAUAGAAUGAUAUCCCCAUAAAGUGAUUUUGAGUGAGAUUCUAAAGAGAACGCUAGGAUGAUUGGGAAAUAUUUGCUCAAUAGCGAUAUGCAACGAUGAUUCUGUGUUUGGAUUCUCAAGGUAUUUUUUUUUAAAUAGAUUUAGGUCAAUUGUUUACAUUUGCGUCCCGGAUUUAGGCAAAACUGUUUUGAUCUUUUUUUAUGAUUAAAUGAUAAUAGCUCCUAAUAUACUGAACUGAUUUUAUUUUCAAUAAAGAGAGAGUUGAAGAUCUUCAAAUGGUUGUUAAUUCUUCAGAAAUAAUGAAGUUUGUUAAGGCAACACCAGAGGCGCUACAGUCUCAAAUAUGUUAGAAAAAAUUUCACACAUUUUUUUGCACACGGGGUCUUGGGAUUAUGCACAGUUUUGGGACCGGAGAAAUCCACACGAAGUGGCUUUAUGCAUCCAGAAAAUUUGCAUAAGCUCAGGAGACUUCAUAUCAAGUGCAUUUCAAAUUUACUGCGUAAAAAGAUAUGCAUACAUUUAGGGAUAUUACAAAAAAUGAUUUGACGAAUUAGCUCCUAAUGGUAGGCAAACAUCCAUAAUUGUUUUUGCAUAAUCGCGUCAGGUGCAUAAUCCCGAAGUGCAUAAUCCCCUGGACCCCGUGUACACUGAGAGGAAUCCGAAAAAGUUAAAAUAACAUUAUGGAAAUGUUUAUUUUACCCUGCAGUAUUGAUCCGAAAUCGGUGUAAAUAUUAUGCUUUUUAGGUGUAUUAGGGGUUAAAGUUACCCUUUUUCAUGUUUUUUUUACCAUUAAAAAGGUGUAAAAUAACCUUUAAAAAAUAUUGAUAUAUUUUUACACCUAAAAAGUGUUAAAGUUAUGAGGAAAAAAGUAAAUCGCAUCCCCGUUUUUUUGUCAGUGUGAGAACACCUUUUUAAGGGUAAAAAUAACAUGAAAAAAGGUAACUUUAAUCCCUAAUACACCUAAACAGCAUAAUAUUUACACCGAUUUCGAAUCUAUACUGCAGGGUAAAAUAAAUAUUUCCGGAAUAUUAUUUUAAAUUUUUCGGAUUUCUCUCUCAGUGUUGGAUUAGGGUAAUGGCCUCUACACACUAGAGAAUUUUAUGGCUAUAUUGCAGCGAAUUUUCCACGCUGGUGUAAUGGCCUCUAUAUACUAGCCAAAUUUAUGUCCAUAUUGAAGAGUUUUUCCUACACAAGCAUGGGGAUUUUACUUCAAUAUGGACGUAAAUUUCUCUAGUUUGUACAGGCCAUAUCGGUACCAAAAUUGAAAAAAGUUUUAAUACAAAUAGAUUUUGUUGUACUGCUUUCUAAGGAAUGUGGCUUGAAACCUUGUAGAUAAUUUAUCGUCUUUUUUUCUCCAAAAUCAUUCUUAAUACAUUUUAAAAUAAAUAAAAGUAUAGACAAGGUUUGGAUAAUAUUUCGGCCACCUUAAUUCUCAUAGUUCCUUGAACUUCCAGAAGCGACAUUUUUUGUUUUUUUUCGCAUCUCUAGACAGAGUAUAUGCAAAAACUAAAAAUUCAUGAAAAUUUGAGGAACAAAAGAAGUGGCCAAAAUUUGGUACAGGUACCCUAUUUGACAGUUUGCGCUACUCAAACGUAAACAAUUUACUUAAAUACGGACAGAAAUUUUUCUAGUAUACAAAGGCCUUAACAAGAGCAGAGAAUUUUGACGAAAUGAGAGAUUUACUUCAAAAUACUUCAUUUUGACAAUAAUUUCUUACAAUUUACAGAGACCUUAUAAACCAUAAUAAUGGGUAGAUGCCUCAAAGGUACCUAUAAUAUUGUGGACUUAUAGAUAUCUACACAAUAAUGUGAGAAAUUUUAGUCAAAAUGAACCAAUUAAAUUGCUUAUCGCCACACUAGACAAUUUAUGUCCAUAUUUAGCAUCAUUGAAGAAAUUUUGACAGUUUUCCCUAAACAGGCAUAAACAAUUUGCUUCAACAUGCCAUAAUAUUCUUGAGAACUUCUUAUGGGCUAUUAUGGCCUCUAGAGAGAAAUUUAUGUCCAUAUUUGACAGUUUUUCUUACACAUAAUCGUAACCAAAGAUUGCUUCAAUAUGGACAUGUUUUCCUCUAGUAUGUAGAGGCUAUUACACAAGAGUAGGGAAUUUGUUUCAAUAUGGACAUAAAUUGCUCUAGUGUGGAAAGGCCAUUACUCAUAUGAACGUAAAUCAAGUCAAAGUGCUUCAUUUUGACGAAAAUUUCUGAACGAAAAAGACAUCCUGUUCAUUUUGAGAAAGGUAACCUCCCUCUCUUCACUUGUUCAUUCCCAUUUAUAAUGAAUUACGAUGAUAAAGUACUGAAAAUUCACAUGAAAAUCUGCUCUCUGCAAAAUCAUUUUGAUAUUCAGAACUAUACUCAUUUGAAAUUUUUUUUUUAUCCAAAUGCAAGAAAUCCACUGCAUUUUUUUUUUUGAAAUUGCAUUUAUGACAGAAUUUUGACGUUUCUACAUACAGCAGUGCAGACGUUUUCCUUCAAAAAUGAAAUUUUUGACAUAAAUGUGUAGGGGCUUUUACUUCAAAAUUCCCCAUUUUGACAAAAAAAAAUUAGAAUUUCAUGACGGAACGAAUUUCAAAUUUAUUCACAAGGUAAUUUACUCCUAUUCAGUUCCUGGACCAAUAUUCUUCUGUUUUUUAGUUUGAAAAUUUAAUAAAAUCUCAAGAGAAUAUUUGAUAAGUCGUUAUAGUAAGGUGAGGUAACUGGAUCGUUUUCCGAAGAGUGCUACUUAAACGCUUGUUUUUGGACUAAUGAAAUUAUUUUUUUACUUCUUCUAAAUCCAUAGAAUUAUUCACUGUUUCAUUCAGAAACAUAAUAUAAAAAAAAAUUAUCGAAAAUAUUAAAGAAAAUUUAUAAAAUAAUGAUAAUACUAAAAUAAGUCAGCAUGCUCUAACUGGGUCGCCUUUUCUCUAAUUCACACUUGACUAUAUGGAAUCUAACUUCUAUUUUAUUUCUUUUAGAAUAGAGCAUUUCAAAAUCACUUUUAGCUCUAGAAAUAUUAGAAAUAUCUUUGGAAUUUUCCCAUAUUAUGAGAAUUGGCCCUCUAGUGUUGAUUUUACAAACUUUACAUGUUGUGUAGAGAAAUGUACUUGUGAACACAAUCAGCUAACUCUUUGUGGUCAUUAUGAUCUGUUCAGUACAAACGCAGAUAAAAGCACUUAGACACAAAAAAAGCUAAAGUUUUGCUUAAAUUACAGACGAUGAAGCAAAAUGAUAUCCAAAUUACAAAUAUUUUCCUGAAUCACUGAACCAUAUUUAUUACGAAAAAUACAAUGAGAAUCUGAAUGCAAAAAAAGUUCAAAAUUUUUGCAAUGUAAUGAGCUUGAAAUGGUAAGAAAUUAAAAAAAAAAUAUAUCUACAAAAUAUGGAUGUUCCCUGAAAAUAAAUAUCAAAAUAAUUGAAAAAUCCAUUGGAUGUUAUCCUUGAGUGUUAAGAAGUCAUGUUACCUUCUGUUCCUGUGUGUAUCUCAAUCGGUAGAAAAUACCGUGGUCUCUCUAUCAGAAACCAAUAUCAUAAAUGGAUUUUUAAUGUUUACGUUCCACUUAAAUGUCUAUCUAAAUGGCUCUAUCAAUUUAAACUGCAAAAAAAGUCAUGAACUAUCCAUAUUAAAAGGACAAGGAAGAAAUAAUAUCAAGAAAUAAUGUGCUGUAUAGAAAUGUUUCAAUCACCAAAUGACUGAGAAUUUUAGAUGUUUUAGAGAUGAUGAAAGAAAAUAAACGAAAAAAAAAACAAAUUUUUAGAUGAGAUAUUUGGGAAAAUAAAAUUAAUUGGCGGAGAAAAUUUCACGAAUGGAGUGGUUCUUUAAAAGGCUCGUGAUGUUCUUUGCAACAAUAAAUCACAAAAUUUAACAUUUUCCAAAAAUGUUGCAAUUAAAAUAUUUUCCUAAUUUUCAAAUUUGUAUUUUUUUGAGACUUCUUUACUUUGCAGAAGGUUUUUUCUCCGAAAUUGCUGUAUUUAAUAUAAUCUUAUCAAUAGCGAUAAGUCCCGCCCAUAGAUAAUUCUAGCCACGCCCUCAAGGUGAUUUAUUUGUUUUUCAACUUUCUAUUCUUGAAAUCAGUUAAUAAAUUUAGUGGAUGUCUAUAAAAUCAAAGGUUAUGUUGAAUAUAACCUUAAGAAAUAUCAAAAAGGCCGAUUUAUUGCAAAACUAGACAAAACUCAAAAAUUAUGUUAAAGAUAGCCUUAAAAAUGAUUUAAAAAGAUCUUGAGUAUUAUCUCAAUAGUGUAGUUUUUUCCUAACAGAAAGCUACAAUUAUUUUUAAAUUAAAAUUGACAGAAAGAAAAUAAUCAUUUAAGGGAGUGGCCUAUUUUUUAAGUGAAUGAAUCUUUCGUAAAUUUCUUACGAUUUUACCAAUAAAAUUAGUAUUUUUUUAAUAAUAAAAUUCAACUAUGAAAAAACUAAAAAAAAAGUUCCUGCAAAGUAUAGAAAUGCCAUUUCUGUUAUGUAUUUUGUCAUGGUAGACACAAAAAAAACUAAAACAUUCCUAAUUUAUUUUAUAAGAUAUUUUAUACACAAACUAAUUGGAAAUAUUUUUUUUACAAAAUAUUUUGUACACUUGCAAAAAUAUUAACAAGACAAAAUGACAAUAUUUUGUAAUAAGAAAUUUUAGGGGAUAUAAAAAAAAAACUAUGCGAUUUAUUUCAACUAAUUUAUUUCAACAUUUUUACUUUUAUUCUUCACAAAAUAAUGUCAAGUAAAAUAUUUUUUAAGGAAAAAUGGAAAGGACUGAAAAAAUAGUCAAAAGGCAAAAAGUGAAAUUGAGAAAUUUUAUAAAGAAAAAGCGUUUUCGUGCCUUUUUUCAAGUGUUUUUUUUUUUGUUUUUGAGAUAUGUAGCUUUUUUAGAUGAAUGGAAAAAUGAAAAUUUGAUGAUUGAAAAUCGAAACAAAAAAUUGGAAUAAUCGAAUACGAGUUUGCAGAAUUUUAGUGGAAGACUUAUAGAAAGAUUCUUGAGAGAAUGCCACUAAAAAUCUCCAACAGAUGCAAAAGAAAGGGAUGGAAAGAAAUUUCUAUUAAGCUUAAAAUGUGUGUUUAAUGAAAAAAGGGGCUAGUAACUACUAACUUCUAAGACCGCCAACAAAUCUUUUAGAACAGUUCUAAAAUAUUAAUUAAAUGUUCUAAAACCGCCGAUUCAUGUUUAUUUAUUCAUUUGUGUUUAAAUUAAGAUUUUAUUAAUUUAUUUUAUUCCCGGCAAUAUGUUCUAAAAUUUUAGAACUCGCUGGUCACACGAAUAAUUAAUUUUGAAUUAUUAUUUAUUUAAUGUGAAUAUAAUGCAUAUUUUAUGAACAAAAAAAUACUAUAUUCAUCUGAACAAGUAGAUUAGUACAUGUUCUAAUUCUUACAUUAAAAGCUAAAGGCUUAUAAAGAAUGCGUCAGUGACAGAUCACAAUAAACGUUUGCGCUGAAUACGCAUAAAAUACUUCAUUUUCUCACAAGCAUUUUUUAGAAAUCAAUUAAAUUGCGAAAAAAUUCUAGUACGGUCGAAGAAACACUAGUUCGGCAGAAUACACUUUUAUUGGAAAUUUCGUCAAAACAUUGAUGAUUAUUUAAUGUUUUUACUUUAUGUAUUGUACUUUUUUCUAUAAGGAAAAGUUUCUAUAGUUUCUUCGACACUAAUUGAUUAAAACUGUUCAAAAUGUUGCAACACGCUUAUUUUAUUUACAAUUUAGAACAAAUUAAAAAUCUUGCAAUUUUUCACUUAUGCUUAUCGAUAAUUUUCAUACUACAUGAUCAUGUUCUAAAAAAAAUUAGAAUAUAGUUUAUCGAAUUUUUGCUUUUUGCAAUAAUUACUCGAAAUAUUUGAUUUAAAAAGUUCCUAAUAUUCUCAAUUUUUAAAUUUGUACUUGUUCUAAAUUAUUUCAGUAUACUAAAUAGGGUGAAAGAAACGUCUAUUGACACUUUAAGAACUAUUAUACAUUAUAGUAUACCCUGUACUAUUUGGGAUAUGGAAUUUGAACAUCUCUGUUUAUAGUAAAAGGUAUAUUACAGAAAAAAAACGUUAUAUUAUUUAUAUUUUACUAGAUACAUUAAAUAAUUUUCAACAUUUUGACAAAAGUGUCAAUAGGGGUUCCCUGUCGAACAGACGUUCCUCCGACCCUUAUAAUAAUAACUAAUAAUUAUGUCUGUUUUUAAGACAGUACUUUUAUUUUUAUCAAAUUCCCUGUAUUUUCUCAAUUCAUAUUCCAUUGAACAUACUUUCAAUUCAGAAAGGAACGACACGAAAAUUUAGAACAGUGAGAAAUAUUUUUUGUACUAACCUGCAUCACACUAACACCUUAUUUUAUUUGAAGUAAUAUUCAAAGUGCAUUUAUUUUUGUUAAAAAAAAAAUCAAAUAAUGGUGAUAAACUGUAAUUUGCUGUAACUUCUUUAAAUUAGUACUUGUUCUAAUUACUUUGGCAUAGUAUUUCAAAUUUAAAAAUGACGAAAAGCAUAUUUUUUAUUAACUUAAAACUCACGUACACUUUUAAAAUUGAGAGAAAACAUAUAAAACCAAUUUUUAUCAUUUGAUAUUUUUGAAAGAAUUCCAUUAGCACUUUAUUUUGUUAAAAGAAAUAGUGGUUUCAUUUUAAAGGUUAUAGUAGGUGUGAUUAUGAAAGAAUCACACCUGAAACUAACAUCAUUCACUCUUGAUCCAAAAGUUUUUUUUUAAUCAAUCAAUACCUUAUAGAAAAUGUUCUAAAUUUGGAUCACGACAAUGUGAAAAAUUUAGAACAGUGAAAAUUAAAACCAAUUUUUGAAAAAGAAUUAUUUAAUUUUAGUUUGAAAAAAAAGCGUUCCAUUUGCCCUUCAUUUUGUUAAAUGGUCGUUUCAUUGAGAAAAUGCUUUGCUUUUCUGUAAAUUAGUACUUGUUCUAAUUAUUUUAGUAUACUAAUAAAUGAUCCACUGAUCCAUUGAGGCUCCAAAUUCAGUGGCUCUUGAGUUCCCAAUUUUUCUAUUAAUACCAUGUUGGGCACUCAAUGGAUCAAGUGGUAGAGCACUCGCUCUAUGAUGCAAGUGUCCUGGGUUCGAAUCCCCUUUUGGGUCACCAGGAAUUUUUCUGGCGUUAAAGGUGUUCGGAUUGCAUCCAGUGAGCUUCACUGCACUUGAUUCCACGGGCAUGGGACUUGCAACCUCAUCCCGUACAAGAAAAAAUAAUAAUGCAUGUCUAGAAGUCCCCUUGCGGGAAGGCCUUGUUCCUUCAUGAAAUGUUGUGCCAGCAUUAUAUAUUAUUAUAAUAAAAGUAUACGACGAAAAACGUGUUAAUAAUUUACAGCAUUUAUGGUGCUAUUCCAAUGAAAAAUGAACAUGUUUUUUUUAGCACUUUACUGUUCUGAAGUUCUUCUACAUAAUAGACUUUCUCUUGUGUUGGUAUCUGACUCAAUUCUUGAGUGGUUUUAGAUCACGGUGAGAACUGAGGGAAACAGUCGAGACGGGAACCAAACCAACACAAAGAGAAAUCGAUAAUGCUGAAGCACUUGAGAACAGUAAAGUGUUGUGUGUGUACUAAAUUCAGAGCAGAACGAUAUGUAAUUUAAAACAGAGAGAAAUAAAACCAAUUUUUCAUUGCAUUAACAUUUUAUUUCAAAAAUAAUCAAUUUGUACAUUUUUGGUUGAAACAUUUUGUUCAUUUUAGUUUAUUUUAUCUCGAAGAAUGUUUAGUACAAGUGCUAAAAAAAAAGAUUAUGACUGGAUUAGAAGCACGAAGAAGCGGGACAGAAAGCAAAGUAAAAAUUUCAUAAAUGAAUUAAAAUUCCAUGAAAUAUUUUUUAGUACAUGUUUAAAAAGAUAAUUUGCAGACAAUAAAAAUAUGCGGUUGGCAGCCCCUUUGUAAUUAAUAUCGCAGAAUAUAAUCUUUGAGCAACCGGUCAGUGUUUUUACACCUCUAAAGAAUUUCUAAAUGGCACGAAAUGAAGGAAAUCCACUGAGUGUUAUUUAAUUACUCUCCUAUUACUUGUAAUAAAAACAUUUAACCGUGCAAUUAUGCAAGUUUUUUUUUUUUAUAAAUGGACAAAUUGCACACAAUUCAUUAAAGAGUAAGAGAAUUCAAUCAAGAGAUGUAGGCAAAAGGUACAUUUUGAGCAAGAAGACAUCUAUCUCUUUGCAUCUGGUUCAGGAGAUUAUAGAAGGCAUAAGGAAGCAAGGAAAAAAUCCCCCGAUAUAAAGUGUAAUUAAAUUAAUGUGGAAUUACUUAUUGUGUGUAUGUUGUAUGAAGAAAAAAAAUAAAACACUAAACGUUUUUCAA